AUGCAGACAUUUAAUAAAAUCACUAAUAUGAUUGAAAUAUCAAAAUAUCCUUGUUUAGGACCAAAUCUUUCCUUAUUGAAAUUUGUAGGAUUAUGGCAUCCUAUUCUUGAUCGUACAGCAAAGAUUAAAUUAGUACUCUUCUUUUUUAUUAUAUCAUUUUUCUUCAGCCAAUAUUUAAAAUGUGUUAUUUCUUUUAAUAUUGUGUCAGUAAAAUUAAUUCUACAAUACGCACCAUUUCACUUGGGGAUUAUUAAGGCAUGCUUUUUUCUGAAAGACUACAAACAUUGGAUUUCGCUAAUUGAAUACAUAUCAAUUAUAGAAACAGCUCAACUAUCUGAUAAGCGUGUAGCUAAAGUUAUGAAAAGCUACAUUAAGUACAGCCGUAUGGUUACAUAUUCUUUCUGGACUCUCGCAUUUUUUUCUAAUUUCAGCAUUUUCUCGGAGCCCUAUCGCAGUAAUCACGAUACUGAGAAUAGCAGUUACGUGCAAAUAUUUGACGGUUAUAAUCCAUUCAGCCGCGUGCCAUCUGGCUAUUAUUUUGGAAUAGCAAUUCAAACAAUACUGGGCCAUGUUGUGAGUGCUUAUGUCGUGGGCUGGGACACCUGUAUCGUAUCGAUAAUGAUAUUUUUCGCUGGACAGCUGCAAAUAUCCCGAGUUUACUGUAAAAGAAUCGGUUGUUUGGAAAAUGAUUCAGCUAACAGCAAUUAUAUAGCAACCUUCCACCACUAUUAUACAAAUUUGAUACAAUACCACAACCUGUUCAACUCCUUAACUUCACCCGUUAUGUUCGUCUACUUAAUCGUAAUUUCUGUGAGUCUGGGAGUGUGUAUCAUACAAAUAGUGGAGAAUCAGAAUGACGUCAGUGCUGUAGUAUCGGGAUGCUUAUAUGUGAACGCCUGUCUGAUACAACUGCUACUCUUCUACUGGCAUAGCAACGAAGUUACAGAGACGUGUCUAUUGGUGUCUUAUGGAAUAUUCGAAAGUAACUGGGUACACACUAAUUGUAAUCUUCGAAGAGACAUCUUUUUACUGGGAGAGUUGACAAGCAAAAAGCUUGUUUUCAAUGCGGGCCCUUUUAACAACAUGUCUCUCAAAACUUUUGUUUCGAUUUUACGAGCCAGUUACAGUUUCUUCACGCUACUUGAUAAAAAGUGA